AUGGGUUCAAGCCAGAAUACGCAACGUCAAGCCACAGCCGAAACUUUGGCAAUCCGUUUAACAAAACCCUCCCUCUGCUGUCAAAAGACGCUGGUAGCCGCAUUCUGCCUACUCUGGCCAACCAGACGAGUGAAUACCGUGCCGCCAGAACAGAUGUCGCCCGACCGUGAGAACACCUCUCCCCCAUCUCUCCUGCUCGCUGAACCCAACAUCCUCAACUGGCCGGCCCCCGCACGCAUGAGACUAGAGGACAAUACGAUGGCUAAAUACCCCACCCCCCCAUCCUACCCCGAGAACCAUUUAAGCACUACACAUAACUGA